AUGGAAUUCUUUACUAAUGGAAUUUUCUUAAACAUUUACAGGUUUUCAGAAAUGAGAGUGCUGACUAUAAAUGACUCUUUAGUGACUGAUUUUAUUCUUGCUGGAUUAACUGAUAGUCCAGAGCUACAACAACCUCUCUUUUACUUGUUUUUAAUAAUCUACUUUAUGACUGUGGUGGGAAAUCUUGGUUUGAUCAUUCUUAUUAGGUUAAAUUCUCACCUUCACACUCCCAUGUACUAUUUCCUCUUCAAUCUGUCCUUUAUUGAUUUCUGUUACUCGUCAGUUUUCACUCCAAAAAUGCUGAUGAACUUUGUAUCAAAGAAGAAUAUAAUUUCUUAUGUUGGGUGCAUGACUCAACUCUUUUUUUUCCUCUUUUUUGUUAUCUCUGAGUGCUAUAUGUUGACUUCAAUGGCUUAUGAUCGUUAUGUGGCUAUUUGCAAUCCAUUGCUGUAUAAAGUCACCAUGUCCCAUCAGGUCUGUUGUUCACUGACACUUGCUGCAUAUGGGAUGGGAUUUGCUGGAGCUACUGCCCACACAGGCUGCAUGCUUAGAUUAACCUUCUGCGAUGCUAAUGUCAUCAACCAUUACUUUUGUGACAUCCUCCCUCUCCUCCAGUUGUCUUGUACCAGCACCUAUGUCAAUGAGGUAGUAGUUCUUAUUGUGGUGGGUAUCAAUAUCACAGUACCUAGUUUUACCAUCCUAAUUUCUUACAUCUUCAUCCUCAUUAAUAUUUUUAAUAUCAAGUCUACUCAAGGAAGAUCAAAGGCCUUCAGUACCUGCAGUUCUCAUAUUAUUGCCAUUUCUCUUUUUUUUGGGUCAGCAGCAUUUAUGUACCUCACAUAUUCUUCUCCAGAAUCUAUGAACCAGGGCAAAGUUUCAUCCAUUUUCUAUACUAAUGUUGGGCCUAUGCUUAACCCUCUGAUCUAUAGCUUAAGAAAUAAAGAUGUCAAGGUAGCCCUGAAAAAAGCUUUGUUUAAAAUUCAAAGAAAAGUUAUAUUCUAA